GUGCUCGCCGGGGAGCAAAUUCGCCAUUUUGAGAAAAUUGUCUAUCCCCCUCUACGGCCCAUUGAAAUAAAAAAACCGAAGCACAUGGCACGAUAGUCAAAUAGAAUUAAUCAGAAACAAAAAUGGAUUUAGGCCCAAAUGCCAGUUCAAAUAUGUUGUCGGACAUGAGAGGUCUGAAACUGAACUUUGAAAACUUUGAUGAUGAAGUUUCUAAAGAAAGUAAUGAUUUGACAGUUGAUGCAAGUUUUCCAGAAUCCGGUUUUCUUGCUGGUCACAAAAGUGGAGAUUAUGUAUCUGAUAUGAAUCAAGUGUCUAGUCUUCAGGCUACAGCUAAUCCUGCAGAUAUUCAUGACAAUUUAGAGGCAAAAAAGAAAAGUGGUUGGCCGAAAGGUAGAAAGAGAAAGAAGGGUAUAAAGGAUGCCAAUGCUCCUAAACAGCCAUUAACAGGAUAUGUUCGUUUCUUGAAUAAUAGACGAGAACAGUUACGCCGUGAGAACCCUAAUUUAACAUUCAGUGAGAUAACUAAAAUAUUAGGAGCUGAAUGGUCUAAAUUACCUCAACAUGACAAACAGCGUUUCCUUGACGAUGCUGAAAAAGAUAAGGAAAGAUACCAAAGAGAAGUAGAAGCAUAUCAAAAAACAGAAGCAUAUAAACAGUUUAAAACACAGCAAGAAAAAAGAUUAAAAGGUGAUGUAGACGACAGUGAUAUUCAUAUAAAUGGAGAUACUAUAGAAGAUGAUAUAGAUCCUACUGGUGGUACAACUGGAAAUUUUGAUAUACCCAUUUUUACAGAAGAUUUCCUAGAUCACAAUAAAGCAAGAGAAUCUGAAUUACGACAGUUGAGAAAACAAACAACUGAAUUAGAAGAACAGAAUGCUAUAUUGAGUAAACAUAUAGAAAAUAUGAAACAUGCUAUAGAUAAAUUAGAGAUAGAAUCUGUACAACAGCGCAGCACAAAUGUAGCUUUACAAAAUCACCUAGAUGCUUUACGUUCAACUUUAACCUCUCAUUUCUCAUCCAUACCAUUACCAGGAACUAAUGAAAUGCCAUCAUUAGAAACUGUUGAUACAUACAUGGCUAAACUCCACACUUUAAUACUGGAUUCUCCACAAGAAAAUGAAAGUUUAAUAGCUACUGUUAGAGAAAUAGUAGGAAGAUUAAACAGUGAUAGACUUGAACAAUAGUCAUAAACAAAUGCCAAAAGGUGAAACCUUGAAAGUUAAUUCAGAACCAAUCUACUUCUGAAUUACUUCAAAAUACUGUAAAAUGUGAAAUACUGACAUUGACAAUGGUACUUGUUAAAAACAAGCCAGAAUAUUAAAUAUUCACAGACUACUGGUACAAAACCCCAGAAUAAACCAUUUACUGUUACUGAUUGGGUAGUUAAGUUGUUCUUGUAUGUUAUUGAUAUUAAGUAGAAGGGAGGUAACUGUGUUGGAUGUAAACAUGAAAUGACUCGCUGAUGCAUGUAACUUUGUGAAUGAAUGUGUUAAAAUCUAUUAAAUGAAACCUUUCUAAAAGGACAUGUUA